UCGACUUCGGCUCCGCGAGCUUACGGCCAACCCUUAACCGAAGUCAUAAUUGACGAACAUCGCGAACAAUUUGAAUAAAACCAUGUAAGAAAAUGAGGGCUGGCAGGUCGACAGUGCUAACAGCUCCACUUUUGUACAAUAGCAGUUGCUGGCAUCCACGUAUCUACACCAACGGUCUAUUAUUUCGCAUAACCGUAUCGGGUAUUACGGAGAGUGCAUUCGUCUCAUUGCUCACGGUGGCCAUACUCGUCGCUAAUCUUAUGGUAAUAGUCACGAUCAACAGCGACAGAUAUACCAAGUUCAUACACCCGCAGCCCCGGUACUUGGUGACAUCGCUCGCUUGCAAUGACUUGGCAAUUGGACUGCUAGUCACACCGUUGGCUGCUUUUUCGGCUCUAGUCCAUUGUUGGCCAUACUCGGAAAUCGUAUGUCAGAUUCAAGCUCUUUUAAGGGCAGCAUUGCCGCAACAGAACGCUAUGAUAUUAGUGUUCAUGGCAGUCGACAGAUACACGUGUAUGCUGCACCCAGAUAAAUAUCACAAACAUUCGAGUAAAAAAGGCUGUAUGUUGGUGUUGAGCUUGACUCUAGUGGGUUCGCUAACCGCUUUCGGCGCGGCGGUCAUCCGCCGAGGUGGAUAUUUCUAUAACGGCAAUGGAUUAAUGGCGUGCGAGCCGUUUUAUCAGAGGCCGAGUUUGCGAAUAUUGGCCGCCUGCCUUUUUUACUUCCCCACGACAAUGGCACUCAUGUAUUUCUACGGGUCGGCAUUGCACGUGGACAGGCUCCGGCACAGGCAACAAAUCAACAUAUGCGCCGUUCUAGUGCAACCGAUGUUGCCCAAUAACGCUGGAAAGAACACCCUCGACGAAGCAUCUGAUCGAUUAGCAUCGAAAGAACUGAGACAAAGCAUUCGAACUACCAGGGCUAUGGGAGCAGUAGCAUUAGGUUUUAUAGUAGCCGUAACUCCAUGGACAAUUCAAGAAGUUGUCACUGCGUGUACAGGAACAAAAAUGCCGCCGGCUGUAGAUUUCAUAAUCACGUGGAUAGCACUAAGCAACAGCUUUUGGAAUCCGUUCAUAUACUGGGCUUUGAAUCGAAAGUUCAGACGCAUCAGCCGCAGCAUUAUCAAAACCAAAAUUUUCCGCCGUAAAAAAUACAGCUCCAGCGUGAUAUCGUCGUCUUGCAAUGUUGGACAUCAGGAAAGUUGUUGCGCUAAUAGAGACAUGUGUUUUUCGGCCCUCCAGAAAGACAACGAGGAUAUUAUAGAGGUGGACAGGCAAUCGUUAGGAUCUCAAGACAGAGGAGGGUUUCCCCCAACGCCGCCCCCACCACCACCUUAUCAUAGAGGAGACAUACAACAUUGUCAUUCCAGGAGAUACUGAUAACAAAAACUAGAAUAAGUUAUAAUAUUAUAUAAUACUACUUAAGUUGAUCAAUCAAAUAACUGUACAUAUAAUCAGUGUAUAGAAUUAUAGUUAGAGCGAUUUAAGAAUGGUCACUGUACAAUUAUACAUGAAUAGUAUAAUUAUAAUAGGUACCUAUAAUUGAUGAUCGUUUAACAGGGUGGCUCUGAAUAUAAUUAAAAUAUUAUAGAGGUUUUUGUAUUUCAAACCUCGGAUUAUCUAAAUAAUAAUAUGAUAUUCCUUAUAGUUUUUAUUAUUUAUGCAUAUUGAACUGAAUCCAAAUAUUGUAUUAAGAUAAAACAAAUUAGAUCUUUAAAUAUUUUAAUAGUAUCUACAAUCUACCUACUUGUUGAUACGUAGGUACUGAAUUGCAUGUGAUACGUACCUAACACAGCAUGAUUUUAAGAAGGACGUUUACAAUUGGUUUGUCAUAUAAUUGACAUUCAAUCACUUCUUUGGGUAGGUGCAACUUCUUUAUGUAUAUUAUAAUCUAUAAGAAUUCAUUAACAAAUCAAUUAUUUACAAAAUAUCUUAAUUUAGAGAAAAACACAGUUUGUAAUUAUUCAUUACGAUUUACAGUAUUAAUGAUUUGAGUAAAGCAGUUUAGAAGUAAUGUUUGCUACUCGAGAUUAACCUCCACACUCCUUUGACUCAACUUAAAAGAUUUUAGCUCGUAAAUUAUUUGAUCAAAAUUAAAUAUUGAUAUACCUACAUCAAAGAAAGAAAAUGUUUUCUAGUUAUGAAAAUAACAGAAUUUAUACUUUAUAGUCUAGGUACCUAUAGUAUGAGUAUAAAAAACAUGACUAAAACAGAAGUCAUUUAGAAUUUGAUAA